CAUUCAUCUUGUCACUUUGGAGUAUCCAAACACUCCAUAAGAUCUGUUCUUACUACUAGUAGUAGGAGUUAGGUCUGCGCUAUCAAUGGCGCUCAAACACCAUAACUUUUUAACCUUCUGCUUCCUUUUCAUCGUCUUCACGAUUCACACGGCCACACUCGUUUCUGCCGAUGCGAUCCAAGGUUGCGGUGGUUUCAUCGAGGCGACCUCAUCUUUGAUCAAGUCAAGGAAACCUACCGAUACGAAAUUGGACUAUUCUCAUGUCACGGUUGAGCUGCGUACUUUGGAUGGCUUGGUGAAGGAGCGGACACAAUGUGCUCCUAAUGGUUACUAUUUCAUCCCUGUUUAUGAUAAGGGUUCUUUUGUUAUCAAAGUUAAAGGACCAGAAGGAUGGUCAUGGAACCCAGAUCAGGUUCCUGUGCUUGUCGAUCAUGCUGGCUGUAAUGGCAACGAAGAUAUAAAUUUUCGGUUUACAGGGUUCAGUAUUAGUGGGAAAGUUGUGGGAGCCGUUGGUGGUGCAAGUUGUUCAUCUACCAACGGUGGUCCAUCAAACGUAAAUGUCGAGCUUUUGAAUUCCAACGGGGAUGUUGUAUCUUCUGUUUUUACAUCAGUAGCUGGGAGAUACUCUUUCACCAAUAUAAUUCCAGGACGAUAUAACCUACGGGCAUCCCAUAAUGACUUGAGUAUUGAAGUUAAAGGCUCAACAGAGGUUGAAUUGGGAUUUGGAAAUAUCCAAGUUGACGAUGUCUUUUUUGUCACUGGUUAUGAUAUUCGCGGAUCGGUAGUUGCACAAGGAAACCCUAUUUUGGGGGUUCACUUUUAUCUGUACUCUAACGAUGUUAAGGAAGUGCACUGCCCACAGGGUUCUGGUAACCCAUCUGGAGAUAGAACCGCUCUCUGUCAUGCAAUAUCUGACGUUGAUGGAAAAUUUAAUUUCAAAUCAAUUCCAUGCGGUGUUUAUGAGCUUAUACCUUAUUAUAAGGGCGAGAAUACAGUUUUCGAUGUUUCUCCUCCCUCUGUCACUGUGACUGUUCAGCAUGAUCAUGCAACUGUAUCUGAAAAGUUUCAGGUUACCGGCUUUUCUGUUGGUGGCCGUGUUGUUGAUUCCGAGGGCAAGGGAGUUGAUGGCGUAAAAAUUGUGGUGGAUGGUAUGGAGAGGUCCGUUACUGAUAAAAACGGAUAUUAUAAGCUCGACCAGGUUACAUCCAAACAGUAUCUGAUUGAAGCGAAAAAGGAGCACUACAAGUUUGACAAAUUGAUUGACUUCAUGGUUUUACCAAAUAUGGCAUCGGUUGCUGAUAUCAAAGCAGUGUCUUAUGAUGUUUGUGGCUCAGUGCACACAGUUGAUUCUGGUUACAAAUCAAAAGUGGCUCUGACUCAUGGACCAGAUAAUGUCAAGCCGCAAAUGAAACAAACUGAUGAUAACGGCUAUUUUUGCUUUGAGGUUCCACCCGGUGACUAUCGAUUAUCGGCUAUUGCAGUCACACCUGAAACUACACCGCAUCUUUUAUUCUCACCACCACAUAUUGAUGUUAACGUCAAUGGUCCACUGCUGUCACCGAAAUUUUAUCAGGCACAAGUUAAUGUAGGUGGCUCGGUAACUUGCAAAGAAAAUUGUGAUGCAUCUGUUUCUGUUGAUCUUGUGAGAUUCGGUGCUAAAAGAAAUGAAGAAAGGCAGACAGUCGGUUUGACUUUGACUGACCAAAGUAGUGAAUUUUUGUUUGAAAAUGUCCUGCCGGGAAAAUAUAAGCUUGAGGUCAAACACGUUUCUAAAGGAGCUAAAUCCGGAGAAGAUAACUGGUGUUGGGAACAGAGCUCGGUACCUCUUGAUGUUGGAACCGAAGACGUUAAAGGGGUUAACUUUGUUCAGAAAGGUUAUUGGGUUAACUUAGUUUCUACUCACGAUGUAGAUGCUUAUCUGCAUCAGUCUCAUGGUUCACGUGUGGAUCUGAAAAUUAAGAAAGGUUCUCAGCGCAUAUGUGUUGAAUCUCCUGGAGUGCAUGAACUUCACUUUGUAAACUCGUGUAUACUUUUCGGGAACUCACCUGUGAAAAUUGACACGGCCAAUACAUCGCCUAUCUAUCUGAAAGGAGAGAAGUAUCUACUUCAAGGAGAAAUUAAGGUUGACUUGACCUCACAAAAUGGCGUUGACCAGUUACCGAAAAAUCUAGUCGUUGACAUUUUGAACGAUGAAGGAACGAUUAUCGAUGGCACUACUGCAAAAUUUGUUAAUGAGAACGAACAAUCAAAUAAAGCUCUUUAUGAAUAUAAAGUAUGGGCAAAUCCUGGAGAAAAACUUACAUUUGCACCUCGUGAUAUUCGGAGCGGAAAUGAAAAGAAGAUUUUAUUUUAUCCUAGACAACAUCAGGUCAAAGUGGGACAAGACGGCUGUCAAGCGGUACCUCCGUUUUCCGGACGACUCGGGUUGUACAUUGAAGGAUCGGUUUCUCCCCCACUUCCCGAUGUUAUUAUUCGCAUCAUAGCUUCCGGAGAUAGUCAAAAUGGUCAAAUCAAGGAAAACGAAUUGGCCUUCGAAACGACUACAAACGCAGACGGGUUGUUCGUUGGUGGACCCCUAUAUGAUGACAUCACCUACCAUACCCAAGCUUCAAAGGCCGGUUAUCAUGUAAAGGAACUUGGAUCAAAUUCCUUUUCGUGUCAGAAGCUAGGGCAAAUCUCGGUCCGUAUACAUUCUAAAGAAGGUGCCAAUGAUUUAUUUCCGUCGGUAUUGCUAUCGUUAAGCGGGGAAGACGGUUAUAGAAAUAACUCGAUAUCCGCUGCUGGUGGAACUUUCGUAUUUGAUAAUUUAUUUCCUGGAAGUUUUUAUCUCCGUCCUCUGUUAAAAGAGUAUGCUUUCUCACCAUCCGCACAAGCAGUUGAACUCGGGUCCGGUGAGUCCACCGAAGUCGUCUUCCACGCCACACGUGUUGCUUACAGUGCCAUGGGUGUGGUUACUCUGUUAUCUGGUCUACCAAAAGAAGGCGUUUCGGUCGAGGCCCGUUCCGACUCAAAAGGUUAUUAUGAAGAAACCGUCACAGAUUCAUCGGGAAGUUACCGUCUAAGGGGACUUCAUCCGGAUACGACUUACACGAUAAAAAUAGCAAAGACAAACGCGUUUGGCGCCUCUAACAUCGAACGUGCUUCCCCAGAAUCUGUUGAAGUCAAGGUUGGAUACGAAGACAUCAAGGGGUUAGACUUUUUGGUUUUCGAGCAGCCGGAAAUAACCUUAUUAACCGGAACGGUUCAAGGAAGCGGGAAUAAAGAGUUGCAUGAACACCUAAAGUUGGAAAUUAGAUCGGCUAGUGAUCCAUCAAAUAUCGAAUCGUUGUUACCUUUGUCUAUUUCAAACUUCUUCCAGGUAAAGGGUUUGCCUAGGGGCAAACAUCUUCUGCAGCUUCGGUCUACGUUAACACCACGCACCCUCAGAUUCGAAUCUGACGUCAUUGAGGUUGAUUUGGAGAAAAAUACCCAAGUUUAUGUGGGUCCCUUGACGUACAGAGUUGAAGAUGAUCACCAUAAACAGGAGUUGACUCCGGCACCUGUGUAUCCACUCAUUAUUGGAGUAUUAGUGAUUGCGUUAUUUAUCAGCAUGCCAAGAUUAAAAGACAUGUACCAAAGCAAUGUAGGAGUACUGGUACCGGGACCCAGUGCAACAACGAAGAAAGCCGUGCGAAGAAAGACUUACUAAAGGGUAGACCCUUUCUUCUUUCAGAUGCUCAGUUCAACCAGUAUUUUACUUUUAGCCAUUUUUGUUAUAUGAAGAGUAAACUAGUGUGACAUUUUAACCAAGGAUAGAAAAUGAUGAUUUUGCUAUUUAUUAAGCUACAAUUGAACUUUCCACAAGUGGCAAACAAUUGUGACACGCAACGUCUUUUUGGCGACGCUGAAUGGAUAAGGCAGGUUGGGAUGUUAACAUCAAA